AUUCUGUCGAAAAGGUGACAGGCGUUCUUGUUUCUUGAUAACAGUUAUUUCAGACAUUGCUUUUGCAAAAAAAACAUACGAUUAUUUUGCAACAGAUGCCAAGUGUUAAAGAUGAAUCCGAAGCAGAAGGAGAAGAAAUGUCACAUGACAGUAAUGAAAGUAACCAGAGCUCUGCGUCGUGUGACAGCAGUGCAGAACACACAGACAGUGAUGACUCUUCUGAAAUGGAUGAAGAUGAAUGUGAAAGGAGACGCAACGAAUGCAUGGAAAAUUUAGUCGACUUAGAACGACAAUUUACUCUUCUUAAAGAGCAACUUUACCGUGAAAGGAUUACUCAAGUAGAUACGAAAUUAGGAGAAGUAAGAGUCGGAAAAUCUGAAGAAUAUUUGAUACCAUUGGAACGUUUGAAAGAAAACAUGAAAACAAAAACAGAAGUAGCUGGAAUAUUGAAACAAUAUAGGCUUCAAAAUAUACAGAAUAAGUUUCUGGCAGAGGAGCAGGCUGCACUACAGAAUUUUGAAAGCGAAAAAGAAUUAAUCUGGGACUGCAUUCAUAGUGACUUACAAGAAAAAAUUCGCAGAUUAGAGGAAGAUAGGAAUAAUGUUGAUAUUCAUGCAGACUUAUGGUUAAAUUCUAAUGGUAGAAGACGCCGAAAUCAUACUGAAAGAAGAAGGGCAGUUUCUGUUGCAGGGCCUUACAUUGUUUAUAUGCUUAAUGAUGCAGAUAUUCUUGAAGAUUGGGCAUUGAUUAAGAAAAGUUUAGGUAGUCGAAAGACUGAGAUAAUUUAAUAAUAUUUGAAAAUA